AUGGCCAAACCAACGAAAAAACCAACUGAUCUUAAAAGUACAGCAACUGGUACUGAUAGAAGAUCAUCAACAAAACCAACAAGAACACAAAUAAGAACAUCAACAGCUAGUUAUUCAACAAAAGCAACUAGAAAAACAACAAGAUCUCAAUCAACAUCAAGACAACGAACAACAUCAUCAACACACAAGCAGUACAGUCCAGAGGACAUAAAAAGAAUAUGCUCCAGUCUUACUUCAAUAAACAAGAUCGGCUUCAAUAAAGAACUAUGUUCAUUUAAAUCAACAACAACAACAACAACAGCACCAGAAGUAUCAGACUAUGAUGAAGAAAUUAAAACUACCGAAGCUCCAGUUACAACCACUGAGCCAGUAGAAACAACUACUGAAGCUGAUUAUGGAACAACAACUACUGAAUCAUCUGAAGAUGGAACAACUUUUGAACCUGAAAAUUAA